AUGAAAAGUGUUGAGGGGAGUGUCGUUUUGUGUUUUCUGUUUGUUUGCAUGAUAAUCUCUUCCGUGUGUGGAGAGUUUGUUUCGUUUAGUUCAGUUUCGUUUCCUUCGCUUAAUGCAAACAUUUUCAAACCAACCCAGGUCAAGAAUUAUGUGUUUAUUCCGCCAUUUGAUCCACCAUUGGUUGAUUUCUGUGGAGACUUUUCGACUGACCCCAAACUAAACACCACUGUCAAAUAUUUAGUUUCAAAAACUUCCAGAACUUCAUUUCCAACUGUAAACAUUUUGCAAAUCGAUUGUAUGAGAUACUUUUGUACUAAUAGUAAUGAAACCGAGUAUUUACAUUACAAUGCAACUGCGAGAUUUGUCAAAGAUGAAAAGUACAGAGCCGAGCUUUCCUUUGUAGCAAAUCAUUGUUUCUUGUGCAAUUCUGCAUCAGGUAAACAGUUCAGGAAUGCAAUUUCAUCAGACGAAAGGCCAACCUGUCCAGAGUUUCCAUCCACUUUCGGACAAAUCGUCUCACUCAUGAACGACCAUUGCAUAACUGGUGCCGGAUUGAACACAGCAACCAAUCUAACCUCUUCAUCAUCAGAUUAUUCCUCCGAUUUCAAAAACGUUCAUUUUGGCAUUCUGGAUGGCAAAUUCUUUGAUAGUGGAACUAUUUAUGCUGCUAUCCUAACAAAAUCAGUUCCAAAGAUUCCAUCUACUGACAAUCUAUCUUACUUGUUGACUACUAUCUUUCCUUUGAAAGCUUCAGGUGGUUCUGUAUUCAAAUCGGGUGAAAUUCCAAUGUACUGUCAUUGUGGAAAUACGUAUGAUUAUUCCUUCAGAUGUUAUGACAUCAAUCACAUGUUCUUGACUCCAUUGAGAUAUUAUGCAGCUCCUAUUGUGUUUCUUACAAUUGCACUCAUCAGUGGUGCUGUUUUCUUCAUUGGAGUUGUCAUUCCAAAGGUGAAAGUCAUGUGGUCAAUUCUGACAAAGCAACCAGAAUAUAAGAAGGACGAAAACUUUUACUUUGGACCAGAAUCCACUCAUGUAGUAGUGAGCUAUAUGCGUGCUAUCUAUCUUCUAACCCUUGGUGAUAUCAAGAUCCACUCAAUAUUUUGGAACAUUUUACUGAUCUGCUUCAUUAGUUUGGUGGAAAUUACCUAUUUUGCAAGAAACUUUACAAUGCCAAUUUUAAACUUUGCUAUUGAUGAUGUUGGAGGUACAAUCAGAUCUGCUGCGUUUGUCUGUAUGGCCCUUUGUUUCUGUUCAAUGAUUGUCCACUGGAGCCAUACUUUGGAUUUAGUCAAGAGAGGAAAAUCAAAAGGUUGUCUUUCCAUAUUGAAUACCUCAAUUACCAUUAGUUUCUACUUGUUCAUGAUUGCAUUUCUAGUUAUUGGAUUGAUUGUUGCAUUGGUGACUAACAACUUGGUGAUUUUCUUCUUUUUCUUUGCAUUGCUUUACACUUCCUUGUCACUAAUCUUUUGUAUUGGAUUCACAAUUGUUGGUGUGACCAUUCUAUUGAGAUUGAGAAAGGGUAAAACCAAUGUCAUUAGUGUAAAAUUGACCAAAUCAACCAUGGCUAUCAAUGCUGUUAAUUUUGCCUUGGUAAUUGUUGCUGGAAUUUCAAUGCCAACCUUCUUUGUUGGUUGGGACAUGUACACAGUUGAGCUAGGUCUGUUAAGAGGUCCUGCUUAUGAUGUGUGUAUCCUUUUGGGACUCAAUUGUGUCACUUACAUUUUGUUCACACCAUUGGAAAGUAAAACUGUGUAUGGUGAAAGUUGUUCUGAAGCAGUGCAUAGAAUUUUGAAUUGUGAAAUAGGAUGUCUUGCACGAAAGGAAGAAGAAUCUACAAACACUGAAACUAAUCAUCCAUCUAGCUCACAUAAUUCUAGGAAAACUAAAGCUUUCCAACACAUUGAAAGUACAAAUGAAUUGAGUGAAAGUGCUCCUAGAGAAACAAUCUAA